GGUUUGUUUAUGCCCACCUUUUCUUGCUACGCUGCAUGGCGAUAGCACUGCUUUGCAUGUCAAGUCGGACGCGUCCUCACUUACCUCGCGUACUUUACAAUCCUGCAUCAGUGAAGCCAGUAAUACAUCCUCCCAUACGAAUCACACACUACUAACACUCACCUCAGUCCUACGACAUCACACGCAGCCAUGCCUCCCAACACCACCAUCGUGAUCAUCCUCGUCGCGCUCCUUCUCUUCAUGUGCGUAAUGGUCUACAUCCUCAGGCUCUGGUGGCACCGCAAGCUCCGCACCAGCGCCCACAACGACCACUUCGAACGGCGUCGGACCCGUCCACCCGAAGUCACCGUGCAGAAGAUCGAACUUGCAGACCGACGCGGCAAAAAACACUGGGUGGAGUGUCGAGAGGUAGGUAAACAUCGCAACCAGAAGAAGCCUGCAGGAGCUGGUCCUUCUGCGCCGGGGCCAGAUCGCGGUGGGGUUCCUAUGGCUGGUACUGCUGCUGCUGGCGGUGGGAGUAAGCCUCCUUCGCAGCGCGAGUGGGAUGCUCCAGUUCCACAGCCUGCAUGUCGACCUCCUAGCAAGCCUGCAUCACGUCCCCCUAGCAAGCCUCCGUCACAGCGCGAAUGGGAUGCUCCAGCUCCACAGCCCCCGUCAAGACCUCCUAGCAAACCUGCCUCACACCGAAACGGCAUGCCUGGUCCCCCACCUCCGGCUAGAUUGCCCAGCAAACCUCCUUCUCAAGAUGAGUGGGAACAUCAGCAACCUGCUCGGCAGUCUCCGAACCGGCCUCCGUCGAACAGAAACGGCAUGCCCGCUGCUCCGUCUGCAGCUGCUAGAACGCCUGACAGAAUGGCUAGGCUGAAUGAAUGGGAUGCUCCUCAACUUGUGCCGGAACCUCCUGGUAACCCUCCCUCCGUACAAGGAUAUGCACGCCAUCCCCUUGAUCCUCCGUCAGCACCGAGGGGUAGCAAGCAGGGUUCGAAUAAGAGCUACAGGCCCCAUAGUGCUCCGCGGGGUCCAAGUAAGGCGGGUUCGGAGAGACGGGAGCCUCACGGUGGAAUGAUGCAGCAAGGGCCGGAUCCCGGUGCGUUAGCAGCGGCUCUGCAGCAGAGAGCGGAAGCGCAGGAACCGCAGGGUGGGUGGUAAAUUGGCAGAUAGCGUUGGAUUGUCA